GCUGCCUUGCGAAGAGAAACUAAAUAAAUUACGCAAAAUUUCAACCGAUCGACCGUUCGCACACCAGUUCGACCGUUAAAUCGCGCAUGCACACAAAGCGGUAUUAGUGCGUGGGUGUCGCGCUGCGAAGGAGAAAAAAGGCACAGACACAGAAGCAGAAAGAGGCACCUCUUUGGAAAUUCCAACAGUUGAAGCUGCGUGUCCCUUUUAUCAUCAGCUGAUGUACAGGUUGACAGCGAAGCAAUGUGGUGAGGUUUUGUUUAUGUGCGCGGGAUAAGAAUGUGAUCCAGGAUUGCGUGGUGCGACGAAGCGACGACCACUUGGUUACGGAUGCAUCGUGGUAUGCAUCAUCGUUAGUUAAUCCUGCAAUUGUAGGGGUUUUUUUAUUUCCUCGAGACAAGCAGUACGUCACCCCCGGGGGGUUGCACUUGACCGUCGGAAUAGAGAGGUGGCAUAACAACAAAACAACAAGUGACCAACAGCAAAGAGGGUCUGACGGGUGGGGGUGGAUCGCGCGUGAAGUGCUUCUGCUGUGUGUGGGGGGGUGGUGGCUGGGUGGCAGCAUUAGGCGGAUUCUUUCCCCACGCGAGAAGAAGCCUGCUAAAGGCGCCUGUUGGAGGUCCACAUUAGCGAAGCACCGGGUGUUUCGCAGCAAAAUUUGCGUGAAUUGUGGGUUGCGUGGCUGGAGUGGUGGCGGAAGUGGGGAAGAAGGAAGGAAACAGCUCAAGUGAUAAUUAUUGAUAGCGCGGCCGUGGCGAAGAAGCUGGAAAUCGAAAGGGAAAAGAAAUGAAACUGCUCGCGCAGAUAAUUCCCCCGUUCGAACGUGAACGUGCGAGUGAGAUGAAAGGGUAUUAACCUUUUGGCUGGUGCGAUAGAGAAGGAAGGCAAAGAUUGGUUACGUAGUGAGAAGAACGCACACGGGAGGAAGAGACGAGUUGGGUGGCAGGUUAGGCGGGGGGUGUAUGCUUUUUGGGGGAGGGUGCGAGUUUCGUGCACAUGUUGUGCGUAUGGCUGAGCCAGUCGCACACACACACAUAUACACACAGCCGUGAGUGAGUGAGCACAAAAGUGAGAAGAACGAACCGCGAGCGCGAGAGCGAACGAGGAUGCUGCGAAGAAUUCGCCAGCGAAGCAACCAAUGCUCCACACCAACAUCCCCAAGGCAACAAGACAAGUGACAAGAAGUUGGCGGUUGCUGGUGUUGCCGUAGUGUUGAUUGCGUUUGAUUCGGUGUUGUCGUUCGUACACACAAGGCAGGCAGUGGAGAGACCUUGCCUCAGUGUUUUCAUAGGUUUCGCCGAGAGUUGUUGCCGCAAGUCGGUAGAUUGUGGAUGUUAUUGUUGUUGCUGGUUACGAGAAAAAUUGUUCGCGAUGCUUGAAGCAGAAUUUCCCGCGUAGCAGUUUAACGUUUUAGAAGGACUUUAAGGAGAAUAAUAUGAUUAUCUCUUCUCAGUCUUAGAUAAGAACGGGCGCAACGGUUUCGAGUCGUCUUGGAGUGCUUGUGUAGUUCAGUUCCACAGAGUGGCCACCGAAUGUGCAUUCUAAAUGCCUGCAUGACACAUGCGACUGCGGAGCGUCCGAUGUAUGGUCACCGUUUCUAGACCACAAACGUCAACAGCGUUACGAAAGCGCCCUUGAUCUUGACCCAGGAAAAGCAAACCGGGAACAGAAAGCAGUUUCUUUACAGUGCAACUUCGAUAGUGUGGUGAUGCGGUACCAUUAGUUCUAGCGGACGCUGCUUGCCGUACUACAAACUAGUACUUACCAACCUGUGCCAUACGUAGACAAAGCGAAGGAUAGAGAGCAAGAAGAAGUGUGAAAGAUAGAGAGAGAGAGAGAGAGAGCGCGAAAGGAAGAGACAACUCCACACACACUUAACGGUUGGGCGAAGCGUUCAGUUCAGGACGAACCGCCGGACAUCUAGAUUGCGAUCAGGAUAGCCGGCGACCACAGCAAACGCUCACGAUGGGACGGAAAAAGAUACAGAUUUCCAGGAUAACGGACGAACGGAACCGGCAGGUGACGUUUAACAAGCGCAAGUUUGGCGUGAUGAAGAAGGCGUACGAGCUGUCCGUGCUGUGCGAUUGCGAGAUUGCACUGAUCAUCUUCAGCAGCAGCAACAAACUGUACCAGUACGCCAGCACGGACAUGGACAAGGUGUUGCUGAAGUACACGGAGUACAACGAGCCGCACGAGUCGCUGACGAACAAGAACAUAAUCGAGUUGCAGGUAAACGCGCAGAAAGAAAACAAAAACGGCACGAUGUCGCCGGACUCGCCCGAACCGGAGGACAGCUACACGCUAACGCCCCGCACCGAAGCCAAGUACAACAAAAUCGACGAGGACUUUCAGAUCAUGAUGCAGCGCAACCAGCAGCUGACGGCGGGCGGUGCCAGGCCCAACAUGGCCACGAACAGCUACUCGCUGCCGGUUUCGGUACCGGUGUCGGUGCCCGUGAUCGGUACGUACAACGAUUCGAUGCUGCAGAGCAGCCCGCAGAUGGCACACAAUAGUAUUAGUCCAAGGCCCUCCAGUUCUGAGACGGAUUCGGUUUAUCCCUCCGGCGGUAUAUUAGAAAUGUCCAACGGUUAUCCACACUCAGCGUCGCCCCUCGGUGGAUCUCCCAGCCCCGGUCCGAGUCCAGGUAUUGGCUCUCAUCAGGCGCAUAACAAUAACAAUAACACCCAUAACACACAUAACAAAAUGCAAACGAUAAAACAGAGUCCGUCGGGUGGUAGUGGUAGUUCCGGUUCACGGUCGACCAACCUGCGAGUAGUGAUACCGACCCCGAUGAACCCGACCAUCACGGCAGACGACAUCUCGUACGUGGAACACACGCGGCAACAGACGAAUUUAAACACACCGGUAGUGGCGCUGCAGACACCGAUACCAGGACUCACGAACUAUACCACCACACUCGGCUCGUUCGGUGCGCAGGACUUUUCGCUCAACCCGGACAUCAUGAUCGGACCGUGGAGUGCGGCAUCCAGUCACAGCCAAAACACGUCCGCCGCGGCUGCAGCAGCCGCCAUGGGCAGUCUCCAGCACUCGAGAAUACUUUUCAGCGGUUUGCCCCAUCUAGCUGUAUCGAACAGUACGCCACCCCCAUCCACUUCGCCGCUCUCGGUGAAGAUUAAGGCGGAACCGAUCUCACCGCCCCGGGACCACCACAACACGUCACACCAUCACGGGGUGCCGGGUGGUGGCGGUGCCGGCAACACCGCAUCCGGCACUUCAGCCUCCGGUGCAAAUGGCGUCCAGUCGGCGGGCGGAUCCGCUGGCACGAGUGUCAACGCCAGCAGCAGUAACAACGGUAGCAGCAACAGCAGCAGCCAACAGAACGGCGCCCAGCAACUGACCGCGAUGGGCAAUGUGGUUGUGAGUGGUGGAGGCGGGGCAGGGACGAGCUCGCUAGGGGCCAACCUUAACCACAGCCACCUGAUACAUUCGCGACCUUCCUCGACCGGCCACCUAACCCCAACACCGGACUCUUAUAUGCCUCUCGGCGGGCACCUGACAGGUUCCGUGACACCAACGAACGCACCCUCGCCGGUGGACAUCCGGCAUCUCAGCACGGGCGGUAGCCACCUGCCGGAAUACGACGCACCCUCCGCCCAGGCACAUAAAAGACCAAGAAUAUCGGAGGGUUGGGCCACAUAGCCCCUAAAGACUAGCGGGAACGCUGGUGGGAACCGUGGGUCGGCGGACGGGUCGGCGUGCUAUCUGGACGAUAACUCAAACCACGUGGUGGUGAUUUCGGACGCGGACGGAAACAACACCGGCGACAGCACGGGCAGCAGCAGUAUGGCGAACUUCACGCAUAAGCUGCACCAGCAUCUACACGGCCACGGAGCUCACCAGUAUCAUCACCACCUGCAGCAACAGCAGCACCACCAACAGCAACAUUCGUCUCAACUUCUGCAUCCCUUCUAUAAUCAACAUCAUCAGCAGCACCACCAUCUUGUGCAACAGCAGCAACAGCAUCAUCAUCUCCAGCAACAGCAGCAGCAGCAGCAGCAGGCUGGAGGUAAUAGCAACAGUAGUCAUGGUUACUCUAGCCAGCCUACUUCACCAUAUCACAACCACAACAGCAACAGCAGCGAACCGAAGCAUCUGCACGGAAGUCAUUCACCUUCGCCGGGCGUGACCCCGGGCCCGUCCGGUACUGUUGACGGUCAAUCACAGCAGGCAAUGGCGAUGCAGCAGCACUACUGAACCGUGCGCACCCAACCACCGAGAGCUUAAAACACAGAGUUGCGCCCUCCUGAGGACAUGCGGAUAUUAUAGUUAAUGUAGAGCUGGACAAACUGAUGAACCGAUCCACGUCAAUUCGAAGCAUGAGAUUGUUGGGUGAGCUAGUGAGCAAGUGCAACUGAUACGGCAAAGAUCUCCUUCCCAGUCAGUAAGAUUGUAUACGCCCCAAGUAUAUGUAUAGCUGUAUCCGUAUCCGCGAGCGAGCUUGUGGCCAUAUUAUACGUAAAGCCCCGUGACUUGGCCCCGGUGUAGGUGAGCGAUCCCGAAUGAUCGAUUUUCGACAGUACACGAGCGCAGAUGUGCCCGGACCUGAACUCCCGUGUUCUCGUGUUGCAUGUUUGUUCUGCAUACUUUCUGCAUCUGGAUGUGACGGUGUUUGUUAGCUUUCGAAUUCUCAUCGUUACCCUGUCCCGAUUUCUCUAGCGCAGGUGUUUAGGUGUGUACUAACCGGACCGGACAGCCAGGCAGGGCCAUGCCAUAUGAUCAUGCCUCUCGGCGAAUGACAACACAUUGGCACAUCAUCCCGAGCCAAACAUAUCAAAGAAACACCCGUCUAGAGGCGUGGUGGCAGCGGCCAUUUGUGAUGUGCAUCCACUAAACAAAGCGUAGUGUAUUCAAAAGCUGUUCCUGGUGUUGUCAAUGGUGGUGGUAAAACAAAGAUCUUUACAAAACAAACAAAAGAAACAUAAUAUAAUUACUUAUAUCUGCAAUCAUCAAUGUACUACUAAGCGCGAGCAAGGAAAGCAAGCGAGCGAAGGAAGAGAUCAAACCCAAUAGCUAUUGUUGAAUUGUUGCAACUGAUGGAGACAAGAACCGAGGAACAAAAUGCAAAUGCAAGAGCCCGUCUACGUAGUAGGACAUAAUGAUAGAUAUUUCAUGUAGUGCAAAAACAAAACAAAACUAAGUCGUAACGUGUGCAGUGCAGUGCAGCAAAGCAGAAAAGCAUACUAAACCGUUAAGUAAAAGCUGAAAACAAAACAAACAAACAAACAAACAUACAAAAAAAGAGAAAAGAAAGAAACCUAGUUUGUGUGCCAUUAAUAGGAUAACUUCUCUGUAUAUUUUACUAUAAAGUGUGUGAAGCGAAGAAAGAACAAAAAAGGAUGCGAUGCGGACGAGAUGAGAAGACACAGGCGAAACGAAGAAGGUCUCGCAACGAAAAGAAAAAGGACAAAAACAGUUUAGCCUUAGUAGAGCGUGUGGUGGAGGAGGAAAAAGUAAGUCAAACUGAAGAGAAACACAGACAGAGGACAGGAGUUGAAAAGUUAAGCAAAAAACACACACACCUGCACACAUCCCUUUGUGUGCCGCGCCGCUAGAAAUGUAAUAACGUGCUGUAUGUGUUUGUGUUGUGUAGCCUUCAUUUUGUUUAUUUUUUUCUCAUUGUUUGCUAGCUGUUACGUUUUCCUCCCAAAUUUUUCCCGAUUUUGCGUUAUCUGAUGGUUUUUGUGCUCUUCCAUCUUAUCGUUUCUUUAAGAAAAAGGAAAACAUUCAAAGCUUAAAAAGGGAUCGAAGUAAGAGAGCGAGAUGUUGUGGCCGCACAGCAAACAAACAAACAAACAAAAAAGCUGGUGCAACAAAAUAGUUUUAUAAGUUUUAAACCAUUUGUUUUUUUUUUGUUUCAUUGUGUUCCGGUCUUUGCGCGACGGUUUCGUGCGUGGCCUCUCGCCCAGUGCCCUAGUGCAAUAGAGCUAGUGCCACAGAAACGCCGUAGUACGACGGUUAGUAGAGUACCACCAGUGCGUGUGUGUGUGUGGGUGCGUUUGUGUGUGUGUGUGUGCUGCUGGUAGUGUUGUAGUAGGAGUACGUAGUACGAUCUGCUCCGAAAAAAAAGAAACCGGGGGAAGAUCGAUAGGAUAUUGAGCCGAGACAGAGUGCGAAGAGGACGGCGGUGUAGGUUUAGGCUAGUGCUACAAAGAAUGAUAUUUAUUUGAUCUACUCUAUUGACUUCUACCGUAUAAACAGAACGAUUUAGGCUUAUG